UUAGAUAAGCCCGGUGCACACUCGACGAGAUAAACUGAUCAAUUCAUCGGAAGAUACGCUAUCUGCAGAGCUGUACUAUCUUGGCUAUUCGUUGCAAAAUCUUGGAGCGCAGUGUGGCGGUCGCGAUACUAUGGAGUGUGAUCUGCGGCGAUGUAUGACCAAAUUAGGAUAAAGAGUUGGAUGAACUGGCCGCUGGCCCGCGCGCACCUGUGCUCGCUGGCUGCAGCGCUCAGCUUCCACAGCACCUGGCGCGUGCCGCGCGACGGGUACCGUUACGGCGCUCCGAUGUACGGGGUAGUCCUCACGGCAAUGCUGGUGCUGCUGGCCCCGCUGACGCUGCUGCAGCUGUCGGUGGGCCAGCUCAGUCAACAAGACACUGUCGGCGUUUGGAGGGCUGUACCCUUCUUCAAAGGCGUGGGCUACUUGCGGCUGCUGGCGUCGUGCGCAGGCGCAGUGUACACUGUGGUGUACGUGGCGCUGCUCAUCACGUACUUCCUGUACACCGCCAACCACGCCAUACCAUUCGCUGAAUGCAGCCAUUACGUGCUUACAGAAGAGGUUGGAGACCAAAAUCUCUACAACGGAACCAGUUGUUUGAAUUCAACAUUCCUGAGCCCGGCAAGCGAGCAAGCGGAAUACUUCAUUGCCAUGUUGCUAGUUAUACUAGUGCUUUGGAUAAUUUUUCCUUUUCUACUGUUUAAUCCAGUAAAAACGAUGAAACACGCCUUAUACCCGAUGGGGCCAAUCGUUCUACUGAUUUCCAUCGUGGUUCUGGUUAACAUUGGCGACGUCCACGGUCUGGCUGCGAUGGAAUGGGAGUGGAGGGAGCUGGGACACCCGCAGUUGUGGUUCGCGGCGGUCACUCAGGCGCUGUGGUCUUCUCAAGUUGCUGGGGGUUAUCUUGUGUCCGCGGGAGACACAAUCUAUGCCACAACAAGUGUCCAAUGGUCAACGCUGUUCUUCACAGGCAGCAACAUUGUAGCUUCUUGGUGCUGUCUGGUGUUCUGGGCGGCGGUGGGGGGCGGGCACCGGGACGUGACGGGCGCAGCCGCGCUGGUGAUAACGUACCAGGUCGCGGAGGACUCACAGCUCAGCCUCGUCUGGCCAUUGCUGGUCUUCGCUGCCCUCAUCCUGUCCGGCAUCAUUACCAUGCUCAUUCUGCUCUACCCGCUAUACGACCGCUUGCGGCGCAUCGGCGGUUACAAAUGGCGUGUCCUGAGCACCGCAUUGUCUGGCGUCGGUGCUGCAGCUGCCGUUGCCACCCUGGCGGGCCGGUUGCCUGCCCUGGCGGUCAUAGAAGACAUAGCGGUGCCGCUGCUUGUCAGCAUUGCUACCGUGUUGGAAGUGCUCGCCUUUGUACGCAUUUAUGGCGAGAAGAAUCUAAUCGAAGAUAUAGAGUUCCUGCUCGGGAGAAAACUACCCCAAGUUUGGCGCUGGGGGUGGUACGUGGCUCCUGCCGUCAUCACCCCCCUGCUAGUCUGGUGGACAACGGCCGAGCUCUUAGACUCCAGCUGGGUGGACCCUCCCUGGACUUCUACCGUCAUCUGUGCUACUCUUGUGUUGGAGAUUAUAAUUUUUGUUGUGUUUGCGACAGCGGUCGUGUUGAAGCAAGUGCAGUACGAUUUUUUCGAGAAGCUGCAAGCCUCAUUCAAGCCGUCCCGGCACUGGGGCCCCAGGGACCCCAUCACUCACUACUACUGGUUGGCGCGAAGGGACGAGGGGAGGGGCGGGGACACCUACCACCGCCCGCGGCACUCACUGAACGACACUGUGCCUUCCGUCACCAAACACUUGGAGGUCCUCGCUGAGUCCAAGCCACGCUCCAACUCAGACGACUGGUUGUACACCAUCCAGAGACGGAAGCACCUGGAGGAGACCAUACAACAGCUGUUCCCGAAAUCCCGGUCCAAAUCCCUGGACUGGGCGGGCGCGGGGAGGCACAGGUCCAGCAACAUUUACCUCACGCCUCUGGAUUCCCUCGCGUCUCUCAAAGAGGACAAUAAUAAUGUAGUGGAUAUUAAGAAUCUUGUUAUUGAUAGAGCUAAGUGAUUAAAUAAGGAAAACUUUUGAAAUUUAUCAUUUUUAUGCGUGCGAAAAAAUAUGAGAAAACUGAAGAUUUUUACGCUAAAAUAAUAACAGAGGGAUAUAUGAGUAUUAAGCGACUUCGCCCUUAAAGGUGGAAUUUACGGAGAUUUUUU